AGUGAAAAAGAAUGAAGAGAAUUUUCAGGCAAAUCAGGGCUCAACCCGGAGGGGCUGGAAAACUCAACCCCGACUCCCAUCAUCUCUUUCACUCGUGAUAAAUUAAUCAAUCAAACAAAAGCGAAGUGCCUGUCAAAAAACCAAAAGCAAAGUGGGUUCUGGUUCUGUGUAUUUCAACUCUACUUGCAGAGGGUAGAGAGAGAGAGAGAGAGAACAAUGGGUGACAACCUAUUUCAAGGGUUACCACCUCCUUCUGCGCCUCCUCCUCCUCGGCCUUCUGUGGAACAACAAUCUUCAAAGAUCACCACCGCUGCUGCCAAAGAAUCUUUGCCAAAGCUACCGAUACCUGCCCUCAAGAGCGCUCUCAAACGCUCCAAACCUUCUGAAUCUCAACCUCAAGUUACUGUGCCUGAAAAACGACUGAGAUUUAAAACAACAACGGAUGCCUCAGAAACGCAAGUUAUAGAGGCCAUGCAGAAGAUAUCAUCACAUAUAAAGAACCCUGCCAAGUUUGGUAAGGCAUCGAAGCUUGCUAUUCAACUGAUUCAGGCUGGCAGUGUUAAGCCUGGAGUGAGUGACUACUUCUUUGCCAUACUGGAGUCUGCAAUGUUGUCACCUACUGUUUGUAACGAUGCUUCAGUAAGAGCGGAUUGUCAUGCAUUGUUCUCAGCAGCACAAGAUGCAGUUGAAUGUUUUAACAAGAAGCAGAGAAAUCAAUUAACUACAUGGAUGAUUAGGGCUGUGGUGGCGAAUGAUCUAUUUACCGAUGACAGUUUUGUGUUUUCAAAAGCCACUGGACGAAUAAAAGAAGCUAUAUUGAACCUUCCGGUUGCAACCAAGGACGAAGACAUGGAAGAAGCUGCUGCCUUGCAAGACAAGAUGGAAGUGGCAGAAGUGGACAGUCAGAUAAAGCCAGAUGCUACAUCUGAAGGAAAUGACAAGGAUGACUCGGAUCCAUUUGGGCUCGAUGCUCUGAUUCCUCGGACAUUGAAGAAAGAUGAAAAAAUGAAGGGAAACAAAGAGGCGACAACCAGGAUUAAGGAGGAAGAGGAAGAGACCAAGAGAUUUCUGAAAUCACAGAGAGAGGCCUUGAUUCUUUGUUUGGAUAUUGCUGCGCGACGUUACAAAACCCCAUGGUGCCAAACGGGCAUAGAUAUCCUGGUAAAGCAUGCAUUCGAUAACAUUUCGAGGUUCACUACUAAACAAAGAGAUGCUAUCGGGAAACUUUGGGCAUCCAUUCGGGAACAGCAGACUUGGAGGAAGCAAGGGAAGUCGGUUUCAGGGAAACUAGAUGUGAAUGGAUUUGAGUGGCUGCAGCAGAAAUAUGCAAAUGAGAAGAUCAGCAUUCGGCAUUCUGUUGGAGGUAGCGGGGAUCGUCGUGCUCAACAGUGGCUUGGUUGACUGACACGGAGCUCUGUUUGCUGAUGUAUUUUUUAGUUUGUAUCACAGCAUUAGUCAUGACAAUUCGGAAAAGAAAAGGGAAAAGUGGGAAAGGAUAGAAUUGUCUAUUCAUUAGUUGUAAAUUACUCCAUCUUGAUUUUUGUACAUGUAGCAGCAAUUUAACAGAUUAAUUUUUCUGGUGGCUUGUGUGUGCUUGUUGGGUGGCCUAAUUUACUUGAUCAGUUCUCAGAAUCAA